GUCGCGUGAGACGCUUCUGUUCUUGUUUUGGCAGUUACUUUCGUUAUAGGUUCGAUUAGAGACUGUCGAAAAGGCGGACUUGAAGGUGUACUACGACGACGUUGUGAUGCUGCGGUCUGGGCUCUGAAUGUGAUCUCAGGAAGCUGGUAAAUGUAGUUUCACGAUGGCAGAUGGAAACACAGAGGAUGACGUUAUUGUCCUGGCAAGCUUCAAUGUCCACAGAAGUCAAGGCUCUCGUUCAGGUCCGAGGGAGCUCAUCACCAUCUCUGAUGACUCUGAUGAGGAAACUGUGGCUUUGCUACCAGGCAGCCCGGUUUUAGUCCCGGACGAUGCAGAUGAGGAUGAUGACAUCAGCAUCCUGGAGCCACCUGUUCUGGCACACAGGCCUGUAAUUCGCCAAGCGGCCACAUGGGUCAGAACCAACCAAAUUCAAUUUGUAGUUCAAAGUAGUACAGCCUCUAGGGUUCCCUCAGGGGAUCCAGGUUCUGCUCUCUCUACCUCCAGAGAUGCCAAGACCAGCCAGCCAGCUGCACACACACAGAGUGCAGCGCCGCCUGGCUCACCUGGACUCUUAGAGCCGCAGCCCGGUCCUUCAUCAUCACACACACAAUCCCAGCCAAAGCUUCACACACACAUUCAGCAUCAAGAUGGCACGCCAGCAUGUACAGAAGUGGAGAUCCACUUUGUUCCGUCUACCUCCACAAACGCCAAGGCGUGUGCCACUUCAUCUCAAACACAAAGACUUUUCAAUCCUCAGCCCGGCACGUCUGCACCUUCACAGCCACGUCUGUCUGAGCAGCAGACGAGUGUCUCUGCUGGCGCCACGCAAUAUCCUGCUCCAACGACAGCCUCGUGUUCUGCACAGACUCAAGAGAGACCUAGUACAAGUAGGCCAACGCCAGACGGUGCACAGCCCAGCACUUCAUCUGCGAGUCCUCAGCCUGGUACUUCUACACAGGUCCAGGCGGUUGUGCUGCCCCACUCCAGCAUCGUGAAGGGGAAGCUGGUUCUCCUUCCUCAGCAGCCGAGCGUCCAAGCCUCUGCUCUGAUAAGCCAGCCUCAGCUGCCGCAGCGGCUCCAAUGGCAAAAGCUGGUGGUGUCACCCAAUUCAAGGGAGGUCAACCUCAUUCAGAUUGAGCCCCAAUCCCUGGCCCAGGCCCCCACCCAGCCCGCAGUCCAGCCCGCUCAAAACCCUCAGGUCCUACCCGUGGUUCCCCCUGCAGUUCUAGUAGCCGCUGCUCCGGAGAGACUAGGUCCUCCAGAGGCAGGCCACAGGAUCAUCCUGGGGAGUCAGGUGCCAGCGGAGCCGGUUCCCAAUCCUCUAGCUCCCAACCACAACAUCAGGCUGCCAAACAGGAACGCUGACCCUCCAGAACCUCACAAUGGAGGAGAGGCCGGCCUACUACGGCCUCCAAACCCCCAACAGGUUAAUCCAGCUCCUGUGCUCGUGGCAGUCCCCCCUGCUCCCGAGGACAUUCCACAAAUAGAGGAUGCAAGACCUGGACCGUCUGCACCGCAAGACAGACCGGAUCAGCGGCCUCUUGUUCGAGCCCUCAUCACUGGUGUGCGGAAUCUGUUCCCAGAUGUUCAAGAAGCCUAUGUAGCAGAACUGAUCACUAAGAAUAACGUGAAAGACUUGAAUGUUAUCUGUAACCUGCUGCUGGAGAAUCCAGAGUUUUCCGGGAGUGAGGCGGCAGCAGCAGCCACAGUAGCUCCCACCAGUAUCCUGCUAGAGUCAGGAGACACCCAGACCGAGGUCACAGAGGACUUGUUUGACUAUGCGAAGCUGAGCUCAAUGGGACCUGAAGUUGUGAUGCAGGCAGCCGACCUGCUCAUGGCAGAUUUCAGGAUGCUCAGCUGUCAGGACAUCAAAUGGGCUUUAAAUGUUCUGAAGGGACACUAUGCAAUCACACGCAAGGCCUUAUGUGAAGCGCUGAAGAAGUGGCAGGAAUCAGGCGACAUGUCGGGAAAGAGACGACGAUGCAGAACCUCCUCGGAGCGCUGCUACGUAGAUUUUCACUUUGAGCACGGUUCGGUAAAGUUGAACCGAAGGAUGUAUUUCUUGGAGAAAGACCGUCGGUACUGCAGGACGUACAACAACCUAGAAGCUUCUGUGCAGAAGGAGCUCACGUUUUAUCAGCAGAAAGCCAAGGAAUGGGCAGAGCACGAGGACUUCCUGCUGGCUCUGCAGGUGAAUGAAGACGAAUACAAGAAGGACGGUCAGCUGAUCGAGUGCGGCUGCUGCUACGGGGAGUUUGCGUUUGAGAAGAUGACGCAGUGUUCAGACGGUCACCUGUUCUGUAAAGAGUGCCUGGUUAAAUACGCUCAGGAGGCUGUGUUCGGCUCUGGAAAGUUGGAGCUGAGCUGCAUGGAGGCAGGCUGCCCCUGCUCCUACCCCAUGUGUGAGCUGGAUAAGGUCCUUCCAGAGACCAUCCUGUGUAAAUACAAUGAGAGACAAGCAGAAGAGGCGGUGGCCGCCACCUGCGCCGAUGAGCUCGUGAGGUGUCCGUUUUGUAACUUCCCAGCCUUACUGGACAAAGACAUGUCUUUAUUCAGCUGUCCCAACCCUCGGUGCCGCAAGGAGAGCUGCAGAAAGUGUCACGUCCAGUGGAAGCAGCACAUGGGGAAGACCUGCGAACAGGUUCUGGAGAGAGACGAGAUCCGCAUGAGAGUGCUUUUCGAGGAGCGCAUGACAGCGGCCCGGGUCAGGAAGUGCGUCAAGUGCGGGAUGGGGCUGGUCAAGUCUGAGGGCUGCAACCGUAUGUCGUGCCGCUGCGGCAGCUUCAUGUGCUACCUCUGCCGAGAGCCCAUCACCGGCUACAACCACUUCUGCCAGCACGCCCGCUCCCCCGGCGCGCCGUGCCGCCACUGCCGCAAGUGUUCCCUCUGGACCGACCCUACGCAAGAUGACGAGCGAAUCAUUCAGGAGAUCCAGAAGGAAGGUGAAGCUGAGCUGAGUAAGAAGUGUGCAGACACUUCAGGGAAAAGAGUUGGCCCGCCCCCAGACGUCACCACAGACGGCAAGAGACCCCGUGUGGGUCCACCGCUGGAGAACCCACCUAACCCGAACCCAGCACCACUUCCACCCCCACAAGCGGUACAAGCCCCGCUGUUCGUUCCGCCACGCGGCCGCUUCCCAGAUCCGGCUCUCCCGCCGGGCCGGAUGUACCACCAGAUCAUCAUACCUCGACUGCCCCCGGCACCUUACGCCCCCAUCCCACAGAACCUGCCCCCCAUGAACAACAACAAUAACAACAACAACAACCAGCCGAACCGCAACCACCCCUUCAACCCUCAUCACCACAACAUGGACAUGCCCAUGCACUACGGACCCCCUCCAUACUACUACAGACGCUUCUAACACACCGUCUGCGAGCGGGUGUGACACACACACACACACACACACACACACACACACACACACACA